UUUAAGCGUCCUAAUAGAAAAAGCAAAAACAAGCUAAACGAUGGUAGAAAUAAUGAGUUAAAUGAUGGUAGAGAACGUGAUGCAAUUACACCCAACAUUUCAAAUGACGGAGUUGGUUCUCAAUCAACAAACACUGCGAUGCGUAACCAGUCUAAUAAUAGACGUUCGAAUAAAAAAAGAUUUCCGAAUAAUGAAAAUGAUCAAAAUGAAGAUCAAGACCAUAUUGCAACUACACAGCUUGAUUCUAAUUUUUUAAGUCAUGAGGACAACUUUCAUUCUAGUGAAAGCUCGGCACUUGCUACGGGACGUGGUGAGUUUCAACGUCCGAAUAUGAGAAAGAACAAUAAGCUAAAUGAUAAUGGAAAUAAUAAGUUAAAUGAAGAGAGGGAAAGUUUUGCAAUUACAUCAUGUGAAACAUCGGAAACUUAUCCUAAUAACGAAGAUAGUUCUCAAUCGACAUAUACUUUGGUGCAUGAUGGGUCUAAUAAUAAACGUUCAAAAAAAGGAAAAAAGCCUCCGAAUAAUGGAAAUAAUGAUUUAAAUGAAGAUAGAGAUCAUAUUGUAAAUGAGCAAUUAGAUACCUAUUCUAAUACUUUAAAUUAUGAGGAUGAUUCCCAUUUUACUGAAAAUUCAUUAUCUUCUGAUAACAAUUUAUCACCUUCUACGAGAGAUAUAUCGGGACAAGAAGAUUAUGGUCAGAAUAGUAACAAGGUUUUGUCCUUACGAAAAAAUGUUGCAUUAAUACUUCAACACGAUGAUAAUGAAAAUUUUAACCCACAAUUUAGCGAGACCGACGCUAAUCAAGAUGUUAAUUUUGAAGAAAGCAUGGAUAGUAUUGACAAAACUAAAUUCUCUAAACAAAAAGGAAAAAAGAAGUUUACUUCAUCACAAAGCGAACAGUCUGUUCAGCAAAAAAUUUUUGAUAUGGGCGUAGAGCAUGAAGACUUGAAACAUGAUGACUCUAUUCAAAGUAAUAUAAAUGACACUGGGAAAAGUGUGCAGCAAGAUUCUGUUCAAGAUGGAAAGUCCACUUCGCAAUCGAGUGGGAUUACAACUAUUGCUAAGCUUAUUGAAAAGGUUCUUCCGAAAGAAAAUGACGAUGACGUUAUAAUUGUGUUUCAUGUUCAUAUGCCAAAAAUCAAUGAGAUUGGAACACCAUGUGUUGUUGGUAAUAUAACAGAAUUAGGAGAGUGGGAGAAACUCACAAUUAAACUCACUGAAAAAAAAAUUUCUGGCCAUCCUACUUCAUGCUGGGAGUCGAAACCGGUUCGCAUUCCACUUGCUCAAUUUGAAAAAAAAGUUAUUAAAUACAAAUAUGCAAUCAAGGAAAAGGGUAGAAAGAAUAAGAAUAAACCUUUGUUACGUGAAGGAGGCGAUGAUCGUAUCCUUGAGGCAGGCGGAGGUGAUAAAUAUGAGAUCUGGGAAGAAAAGGGUAGUAGAGUCUCCUUCCCUCCUGAAAUUAAGGAUGUUUAUUUAGUGAAAAUCAUUUAUGACUCUGUGACUCUUGAGAACCUUAAAGAAAAGAUUAUGAAGUAUGAAAAGAUUAUGAAUCGUUAUCCGAAAUCAACGAAAGCUGCUACAACUAUUGAUUUUAUCAUGAAUUCAUUUCUUGAAGAUAAAUCCUUAGAAAAGAGACUUUUCUUAUGCGUUCUUUUGGGUUAUUAUGUGAAAGAAAGAGAUUCUCAAUAUUAUUCAUUACCUAGAGAAUUCCAGUCAUCUCUUGUUUUUGAUACGUUACAAAAUAUUACUGCUGAAACAUUCCCGUCUGACACUUAUAAAAUCUUGACACUAGCAAUUCCACUUCUGGUUCGACACAACUGUAUGGUUGUUUCACUCGAUUGGCUUAAAAUUUUUGGCGUAGCCAGUUUUAUUGACCCGAAAUAUGAAUUCAUUGAUUACAUUUCAGAUUUUUACUAUAAUGAGAAAAUUAUGCCUAAUUUUUUUAAAAGUUUUAAUGAUUUGGUUACUCCAGUUAUUUGUACAAUUGAAGAUAAAGAAAUUUAUGCAAAGAUUAUUAAGUGGUUGUUUCGUCAAUGCAGUACAAUGAAGUUUUUUGUUACUGUGUGGCAAGACAUUAUCAUUCAUAGCGAUGAGAUAGAUGAAUUACUACAGCAGAGUUUAGUUGAACGUGUUCGAUAUAUAUUAAGCCGCAAUGUUCUUUCGUGCAUUCAUCUUCAUAAUUGUUACAGUGAUUUGCCUGAACAACUCAAAAUCAUGUUUAUUGAAAUAUUUCGUGAUCGAUCUUUACAUCUAUUAUCCGCUAAACAAUAUCAACAAUGGGACAGGGAUCAUUUGGAUGCAAUUCUCAAACUUCUAAUAAAUGAUCAAAUUCAAUGGCCUUUAGAGGAUUAUUUCAAAGUGCUAGAUACUGUUUCCCAAUGUGUGGAUCUUGGACUCUUGACAAAAUUUCAUGAGUUGCUGAAAUUUGGAUUUAAUACAUUUAAGGAAAUAGAUGAAUCGAAGCUUUCAAUUUUAUGCAAGCAAUGGUAUCGCAAUUUAUUAGAUCGGGCAUCAAAUUUUUCCAACUUAGAUACUAAAAAUGAUUAUAGAGAUAAAUUUGCUUUUAUGGCAUUCAGUCAUAUUUCGAAGGUUUAUCCUUACAUUGGUAAAAUUCCUGUUUGGCAGACUUUGCUUGAAAUAGCAGUAAAUCGUGUUAAGCACACUUCUGAAAAUAUUAUUUUCAGCACUGUUGAUAAAGUAGUGGAAAAAUUAGAGGCGCCGCUUGUUGUAGAAGCAUUUAUUGCUAUGGUGAAGGACAAAUUAAAUUCAUCCAUGUGCAUUGCGGAUAAUCAGCUUAUGGCAAAGAUCAAACUGAUUUGCAAUUGUUCCACUGAUGAAUUGAAAGUACCUACAAGAUCUAGCGAAGAUAUUUUGUGUCAUAUCAUGACUCGAUUACAAUCUACUUUCGAUUCCCAAACAUUCUCAGAGAAUUUUCACCUUUCUUUACUUAAUUCUGGAAAUUUUUGGAUUCAAGUAUUGAAAGCCACUGGAAGUGUUGAUAAAUUACACUCACAUCCACAAAUAAAUGAAGUUCGAAAUGCUAUUUCUCAUCUUACUGAAAUUUUGAGUGAAGAAUCUAUUAGUAUCUCCUUGCUUCAAGAGCUUUUAAAUAAAGAUGAUAAUUUUUUGCUUACAUAUUUUGGUUUCGCUAUUAUGAAGGAAGGCUUACCUUCUAUAAACAAGGAUAUCCUGACAAACAUUCGAGAAAAAUAUCGAAUUUAUGGACUAGGCCUUGACUACCUUAAUUCUUUUUAUACUGAAUUUUGUCCUCAAUCUAUUGUCUUUGAUGUUAAAGAGUAUAUUGAUGACAUUUAUGAGAUGCAUCAACGCAAGAAUACUACUACACUUAAAGAUACAUCUUUGAAUGAUUACUGGGGAAUGCACACUGAUAUAUUGUCUAUUGCUGAAGAUUUAUAUAAAUAUAGGAAAUCUCAGACAUUCAAGAAUUUUGAAAUAAUGCCAAAAAUCCAUGAAAGUUAUCGUCGUUGGUGUAUGACUUAUUCGAAAUGGGAAACAGAGAAAUUUUCAUAUGCCAAAAUUUUGUGGAACAAAGUUCCAGAUAUCACUGUCGAACUUGAUUUGAUGGAUGGUAUAUUAAAACUUGAAAGAAAUCCAAAAUUAAUGAGAACAUUAACUGAUAUUUCUAAA